CGCCGCGUUCAGUCCUCCUCUCCCCGCGCGUUCUCGGGGUGUUCCGUGUGCGCGCGUGCGCCAGUGCUCGGAUAGUGUGCGCACUCGCCGGCGGACCUGGGACGGAGUGAACACGGCGCUCGUGCAGCGGAGCUCGGACCCAGGACCCUACAGGACUGAAGGAGGAAUAGGACCCGAGGUCCACAGCGUCCCGAGAGACCUACCUUAAGCUUAGAGUAAUUCACAACUUUCUCAACAUCUCAGCGCCAGAAGCAACCUUCUCCUGUAACCCCAAGUAGAGAAGAACAGAGAAGGAAGAAGCACAACUUUUCUCAUCAGAGGCAAGACAGUUUCUGCAAGGAUGGGGCUGCUCCUCGCACCGCUCCGCCUCUGUCUGCUGCUGGCUGUGGGCACCGGUGCCCAGAAGCUGCCCACCCGGGACGAGGAACUCUUCCAGAUGCAGGUGCGGGACAAGGCCCUGUUCCACGACUCGUCCGUCGUUCCAGAUGGGGCUGAGAUCAGCGGCUACCUCUUCAGGGAUACGCCCAAAAGGUACUACUUCGUGGUGGAGGAGGACAACACGCCGCUGUCGGUGACCGUGACCCCCUGCGACGCCCCCCUCGAGUGGAAGCUCACCCUGCAGGAGCUGCCCGAGGAGUCGAGCGGCGAGAGCUCAGGUGAACCUGAGCCACUGGACCAGCAGAAGCAGCAGGCCACGGCGGACGAAGGCACAGAGCUCUUCACCUACAAGGGCAAUGACGUGGAGUCAUAUGUAGCCACCAGCUCACCUUCUGGGCUUUACCAGUUGGAGAUCCUCUCCACAGAGAAAGACAGCAGCUUCAAAGUGUACGCUACCACCACUCCCGAGUCAGACCAGCCGUACCCCGAACUACCCUUCGACCCCCGGGUGGAUGUGACCUCCAUGGGCCGUACCACCGUCACGCUGGCCUGGAAGCCCACGCCCACCGGAUCUCGCAUGAAGCAGCCGGUGCAGUACUGUGUGGUUGUCAACAAGGAGCACAACUUCAAGAGUUUAUGUGCUGUGGAGGCUAAGAUUGGGGCCGACGACUCUUUCAUGGUGGCCCCCAAACCCGGGCUGGACUUCAGCCCCUUCGACUUCGGACACUUUGGCUUCCCCUCAGAGAACGACCUUGGUAAAGGGCGCUCCUUUGCGGGCAACAAACCCCUAGGUAACAAGGUAUCCCGUUCAUAUGCCACCAAGCCGAAAGCAGACAUCCAGAAGAUGUGCAUCGGGAACAAGAACAUCUUCACUGUGGCACACCUGAAGCCGGACACACAGUACUACUUUGACGUCUUUGCAGUCAACAUUGUCACCAACACAAGCACGGCCUACGUGGGCACCUUCGCCCGCACCAAAGAGGAAGCCAAGCAGAAGAUGGUGGAGCUCAAGGACGGGAAGGUCUCUGACGUCUUCAUCAAGAGGAAGGGCAGCAAGUUCCUGAGGUUUGCGCCGGUGUCCUCACACCAGAAGGUGACCUUUUACGUCCAUUCCUGUCUGGACGCAGUGCAGAUCCAGGUGCGGCGGGAUGGGAAGCUGCUGCUUUCCCAGAAUGUGGAGGGCGUCAGGCAAUUCCAGCUCCGGGGCAAAGCCAAGGCCAAGUAUUUGGUACGUCUCCGUGGGAGCCGAAAAGGGGCGUCCAUGCUGAAGGUGCUGGCCUCGACGCGGCCCAACAAGCAACCCUUCCCGUCCCUGCCUGAAGACACACGCAUCAAGGCCUUUGACAAGCUGCGCACCUGCACCUCAGCCACCGUGGCCUGGCUCGGCACUCAGGAGAGGAACAAGUUCUGCGUUUACCGCAGGGAGGUGGACGACAGCUACAGCGAGGAGCACCGGCGGCGCGAGCAGAACCAGUGCACAGGGCCCGAGACCCGCAAGAAGUCCGAGAAGGUCCUCUGCAAGUACUUCCAUAGCCCGAACCUGCAAAAGGCUGUCACCACGGAAACGAUAAAGGGCCUGGAGCCGGGGAAGUCGUACCUAUUGGAUGUUUACGUGGUGGGCCAUGGCGGUCAUUCGGUCAAGUACCAGAGCAAACUGGUCAAAACAAGGAAGUUUUGUUAAUGACUCUGUACAUAAUAAAUAUAUUAUAUAUUAAAAAAGUUUAUUUAACUCUGAGCGAUAUUCUACUAAGGAGUGUAUACAGACUGACUACUUACACAGCUGAAGGCCUGUGACAGUAUUUGAACUGUUUAGAGAGAGAUAUCAACGUGUAUAUUUAUGUUUACAUGACAUCGGCGGUUGUUUGGACACUCGGGGGGGGGGGAACGCACAUGCUCCGAGUUCCCGGCUCGACCAAGUUCGGCAAGACCUGAGUGAGCUGUUGCCGGGGAGGACAGGGGUUCGAGGACUUCCCUUCAUCUCGUUUUUCAUCAUCACUGCAUGAAUACUCCCGUUUGUUAGCUCGGUUUCCCCCAAGAAUUGUGGUCUAUAACUCAUCCUCUGCUGUCGCCCUCCCGUUACCCGUUCGCAAAGUAUGUUCUAAGUACGUAUUAGAAGAGUUUAAAUUAUUUCAUACAUUUCUGCUUUUUUAAUGAUAAUUAUUAUUCUGAGGAAAUGUUAAAUCUAUGAAGUAUCGAUGUUCAGAUGCACCACUGUGUCGAUCAUCUCUUUUUGUAAAUGUUUCUUUUGUGUGAUGGAGCUCAGUGUUUUACUACUAUGUCUCAAAUGUACAAAAUUGU